GCUCCUGGGCCGCUCUUGCGUUCCGACCCCCCGGCCGCCUCCACAGUCGCCGUCUUCCUCCGGGUUCGCCCCGCCCUCGCCCUGCUCCAGGCCCCGCCGCCGGGGGGGGGGCACCGCCCCCGCGAAUGGCCGUGGAGCUCUCCGUGCCGACGGACGCGCCGAGCGUGGAGGCGGCGCUGGAGGUGGCGCGGCAGAGGGGCUCGCCGGAGGUGGUGGUGCGCCUGGAGGAGGGGCACUCCGAGCCCGCGCAGGCGUGGCCCCUGGAGCUGCAGGCCAGCGCGUCUGGGCCCGACACCCUCCGCCGUAUCGAGGUGCUCGGGCCGCCCGGCCGGGCCGCGUCGGUGCGGGACGUCGGGCUGGACGCGCACGGCAGCGCCGAGCCCGGCGGCGAGGAAGUGCGCGUGGUGCUGCGCGGGGUGGUCGUUCGCGGCUGCGCCGUCCUGGGCGGGCGGGGCUGCGAGCUGGAGGACUGCGAGGUUCGCUGCGGGGUGGAAGUCGGCAACGAGGGCGCGGGCGUCGUGCGCGGCUGCUCGAUCCGGGCGCGCCGCGUCGGGGUGUCGGUCCGCGGCCCAGUGGUCCUGGAGGGCAACGAGGUGGACGGCUGCGACGUCGGCGUGGGCAUCUACGGCAACCCUGCCGCGGAGCUUCGCGGCAACACGCUGCGCGGCUGCCGCGCCGCCGCGGUGAUGCUCCACUGCAGCCUGGGGUCGCAGGAGGGCUGCACGCUCCAGCUGGCCCCGGUGCUGGCGAGCAGCAACGCGCUGGAGGGGUGCGGGCGCCAGGUCGAGGUCUGCGUCGAGGUCGAGGGCGCAGUGCCCCUGAGCUUCGAGCAGUGGCCGCUGCCGCCGGGGCCGCGGACCGCACGGCGCCUGCGCGGCGGCGGCUGCGUCGAGGUCGAGGUGGUGGACGAGCAGACGCUGCAGGUGGUGGGCGCGGAAGGCCCCGGCGAGGGCGCUGGCGGUCAGCAGCGGGCGCCGCGCAAGCGCCGGCGCGCGGUUACAGAGCGCGCCGAGGCCGCCGAGGCUGGCGGGCCGUUGGCGACCGGGCCUGCCUGGGCACUGGAGGCCCUCGGCAUCUCCGCCGACGGGGCCACUGCGGGACAGCUGCGCGCCGCGUACCGCCGAAGGGCCCGCCAGGUCCACCCCGACAAGCAGGGUGCGGAAUCCACAGCUCAGGUCUUCCACGAGGUCACGGCGGCCUACGAGGCCGCGCAGCGCGCCCUGGCCGCGGAAGCGCCCGCCGAGCCCGGGCCGGCCGGUGCCGGCAGACGCGG